AUGCAAGCCGCGUUGCGCCGAGCGGCGCGGCGCCCAACGGCGGCGCGCGCCGUCGGUCGCGCCCUCAGCGCGCGCGCCGACGCGCCGAACAUCUACUGCGACCCGCACAAGUUCGACUACCUGCGCGAGAUCCUGAACGCGCGGGUCUACGACGUGGCUGUCGAGACGCCGCUGCAGCGCGCGAACUCGCUGAGCCGCAAGGUCGGGGCGGAGUGCCUCAUCAAGCGCGAGGACACGCAGCCCGUCUUCAGUUUCAAGAUCCGCGGCGCCUACAACAAGAUCGUGUCGCUCGGCGACGCCGCGCUCGCGAAGGGCGUCGUCGCCUGCUCCGCGGGCAAUCACGCGCAGGGCGUCGCCAUGAGCUGCAACUACCUGAAGGCGCCGGCGACGAUCGUCAUGCCGCGGGGCACGCCGCGCAUCAAGGUCGACGCCGUCGCCCAGCACGGCGGCGACUACGUGCGGGUCCUGCUGCACGGCGAUUCCUACGACGACGCGUACGCGGAGGCGACGCGCUUGGUGGAGGAGGAGGGCCGCACGCUCAUCCACCCCUUCGACGACCCUCUAGUCAUCGCCGGCCAGGGGAGCGUCGGCGCGGAGAUCCUGCGCCAGACGAACGGGAAGCGGCUGGACGCGAUCUUCUGCUGCUGCGGGGGAGGCGGUCUCCUGGCGGGCGUCGCGGCCUACGUCAAGCAGGUGCGGCCGGGCGUGCGCGUCUACGGCGUCGAGGCCGUCGACGCCGCGGGCAUGACGGCGUCGCUGGCCGCGGGCGAGCGGGUCGUCCUGGACCGCGUCGGAUUGUUCGCGGACGGCGCCGCGGUCAAGGCCGUGGGGACGGAGACGUACCGGUUGGCGGCGCGCUACGUCGACGGCAUGGUCACGGUGGACAACGACGAGAUCUGCGCGGCGAUCAAGCAGGGCUUCGAGGACACGCGGUGCGUGCUCGAGCCCGCGGGCGCGCUGGCGCUCGCGGGCCUCCGGAAGCACGUCGAGUCUUCCGACGAGGCCGGCGGCACCUACGUGGCCGUCGCGUCGGGCGCGAACAUGGACUUCGACCGGCUGCGCUUCGUGUCGGAGCGCGCGGACCGGUCGGAGGUGCGGCUCGCGUGCACGAUGCCCGAAUCGCCCGGCGCGUUCCAGAAGUUCUACGGUUUGAUCUACCCCUGCAACGUCACGGAGUUCUCCUACCGCUACCACCGCGCCGACGCGCCGGCGGACGUCAUCGUCGCGUUCCAGCCGCAGACGGACCAAUUCAUGGACCGCCUCGCGGCGCACGGCUACGCGCCGCGCGACAUCACGGACGACGAGCUCGUCAACACGCACCUGCGCCACCUCAACGGCGGGCGCUCCGAGUUCGUCGGCGACGAGCGCAUCUUCCGCUUCGAGUUCCCCGAGGCGCCGGGCGCGCUCAAGAACUUCCUCGCGCACUUUGAGACGGACGCGUUCAACUGCAGCCUCUUCCACUACCGCAACUACGGCCACGACUUCGGCCGCGUGCUCGUCGGCGUCCAGGCGACGACGGACCGGGCGGAGCGCAAGCUCAACGACUUCCUCGAGAAGCUCGGCUACCGCUACACCGAGGAGACGCACAACCCGACCUACGUCCAGUUCCUCACGAGCCAGCGCUGCCCGAAACGGUAG